CUCCUUUACCAUGGAUUUUGCCCUUGUAGAGGGGAUCGCAUAUAAACCUCUUCAUCAUUGCACAAGUGUUCUCACACUAAACUUUCCCAGCCACCAUACAAACACACAUAUGGCGGCAAAAAAUUCUGAACCCUCCGAUACUCCCAAGUACCUUCAGAAAGUUGAAUUAACCCAAGAAAACAAGGACCUCAUUGCCAACUUACCUAGCGAUACAUUUUGGAGACCAAUUACCAUCCAUCAAUAUGACGGUUUCUGGCACACCACAAAACAGUUGCAAGGAAUCCUCAAUAGCCAAAAACACUUCAACGCUCAUGACUCUGACAUUCUUCUUGUCACCUUACCAAAAUCUGGCACCACUUGGCUCAAAGCCCUAACCUAUGCGAUGAUCAAUCGCAUGAUUCAUUACCCAAAUCCAAAUCUUGAUAAGAACCAAUCUUACCCUCACCCUCUCGUCACUGCUAACCCUCAUGAUCUUGUACCCUUUUUAGAGAUCAAUAUCUACAUCCAUGAAAACAUCCCUGAUCUGAGAUCGUUCCCAUCACCAAGGCUCUUUGCAAGCCAUAUGUCAUACAUUUCUUUGCCAGAAUCUGUGAAGCUAUCAAAGUGUAAAAUCGUGUACUUGUGUAGAAAUCCUAAGGAUAUGUUCACAUCGAUGUGGCACUUCAUCAGAAAGUUAGUGCCACAAGCCCAAGAGCCCACUAACUGGUCAGUUGAGGAAUCAUUUGAGAGAUUUUGCGAAGGAAGGAAUCCUUCUGGCCCAUUUUGGGAUCACAUUUUGGGAUACUACAAGCAGAGUUUGGAGAGGCCAUAUAAAGUAAUGUUUUUGACGUAUGAGGAAUUGAAGAGCGAGCCAACAAGGGUUUUGAAGGACUUAGCUGAAUUUAUGGGGCAUGGAUUUACUAAGGAGGAAGAGAGUGGUAAUGUUAUUAAUGAUAUACUAAAGCUUUGUAGUUUUGAGAAUUUGAGCAACUUGGAAGUGAAUAAGACUGGAAAAUUGUUGACUGGGGAAGAGAACAACAUCUACUUUAGGCGUGGAGAUGUUGGGGAAGGGGAGAAUUUUCUCACCUCUGACAUGAUUGAAAAACUAAAUGUUAUUACUCAAGAGAAGCUGGGGAAACAUGGGUUGAACUUUCAGAUCCACAAAUCUUGAUUGAGAACCCACUCGACCAAAAAUAAUGAGGUGAAUACUUGAAUUUCUUAUCGAUUAUCAAUGUUUUCUGCAAUAAAUGACUGUAGUAUACCUGCAGAGCAUGUAUGUUUCUGAACUUUGAAGUCUUAGCUGACUUCAUAUCUUAAUUAAGCAUAUCUUCAGGAAGGAAUAUUCUUCACGAGGUGCCAAACUGAACAUGAAGAAGAAGCAUAGCGAUAGCAUUUGAUAAUUGGUUAUUCUCUGAUAGUGACGUAUAAGAGCUAUAUGUUUGAAAGAUGAAGUGUUGUGAAGUUCCAAGUGUGAGAAUCCUAUUGUGAAGCUUUUCUUCGAACGUUGAGAUAGAUGCAUGUCUCUGUUUACUUGUUAAAUUAUUACAAUGAAUAUUAUUCCCUUUGAUCCUUA